AGCUGCCGCGUGUUUUGGGUGCAAGGGAAGAAGCGGGUCAGCGGAGGAAUCGUGUGACGAUGACGUCUCGCAGGGGGGAGGUUAUUGGUUGUCAGUCCAGGAACCAGCGGCUGGUGUUUGUCAAGCGUGCUCAUGUACGCUGUUGGGGCUGCAACAGGUAACGUUGGCGAGGGUGAGCAAGGCUGAAAACCAGAGGUUGGGGGAUGGAUCGAGAGGUGCUCGGGGGAGCAGAUAUGAUAUAAGAGGUAUCAAAGGGGGGGGCAAAAAGAAGGCUGGGGACGAGAAGGCUAGGAGGCUGAGAAAGAGAGGGAUCGACCCUGGGAAGGCUCCUCCUCUCUGGACUUGCGGCCUAGCCUUGACCCUGCGAAAGACCGUUGUUGUACCUCGUGAUACAAGGUACUUGGUAAAUAGUGGGAGAGGGUAGCGAUGGUUGUCCUCUCAAAAAGCAGAGUGGGAAGCAGGCCUUUUCCCCGGAUCUCAGAGGCGAGGUACGGUCCACGGAAGGUCGGCGGUCGCGAAGUAGGCCUGGGAAUGCUUCGUAAUGACAACAAAGCACGAGACGACGAGGAGUCGGACCGCAGAUGAACGAAAAGGGGGAGGGGGGGACGAAGUAAAUGGCGAGAAAAAGACGAUAGGUUGUAAUGAUGAUUGGAGGAUUCGCCGUCUUCUCUUUCUCUCGCUCUCUGUCUC